AAUGCAACACACUUAACAUACGGGAAAAUCAUCACAUUUUUGGACUGGGAAAUUGUACAGUGUUUACGUCUUAAUUUUAGCACGUUUUUUACGGACUUUGCCCCCGAUAGGACAAAAACAUUUUCAAAAUCUUGAAUCAGAGCGUUAACCUGGAGGCAUAUGAUGUAGCGGGGGACGGUGAAAGAAUGCAGUUAGUUCAUGCGACCGAGUAUCGCUUCUGCCCCCCUCCCCACGCUACUGCUUAGUUACAAUCAACAACUUGUUGGAGCGUUUAUUUGGGCGAUUUUUUUUAUUUUUCAUCGCUGGUUGAGUGCACGUAACCGAGCUGUCAAGAUGAUGGAACUAAACCUAUCCCGUGUGGACUACACACAGGUGGCCGUCACCUCACCCAAGACUAUGAAGCUGCUUCCAGCAUCUGGGAAGAGGGCUACACAGAAGGUUACCGUGGGUGAUCACGAGGGAGUGGUGACAUGUUUUGGGAUGAAGAAAAAGGAAACAGUGCCAGUCUUCAAGACUCUGCCCAGCCAGGGGAUCAAGCGGCUGGAGUUGGGCGGACCGCCUGGUUCCAUUGCCGACCGGAUCUUCGUGUCCUGCGGUACGGAGGUCAGAGGUUACACCAAGAAGGGGAAACAGUUCCUGGGGUUUAACACUAACCUGGCUGAGCCCCCGCAGGCGAUGUACGUGACAGGAAGUGACCUGUUCCUGACAGGGACCUACGUGUUCAACCACUUCCACGACCUGAAGGACCAGAACUACUUCCUGGCUCCAGACAAGAUCAACGAUGUGCUGUGCCUGCCGCUGGAGAAGUUCUCUCUGCUGACUUCAGUACUGGCCUGUCAGGACAGGGUGCUCAGGGUGCUGCAGGAGUCAGACCUUCUGUAUGAAGUGGAAGUGCCUGGUCCACCACAGACACUCUGCCUCAUUAACGGCAAUGGAGGUGUUGAGGGGAAUGAGCUGUUGUAUGGAACAUCUGAUGGGAAAGUUGGGAUGGUGCAGAUCAACAGUUUGUCCCCCAGUCACAGAUGGGAGCUGCCCAAUGAGAAGGGCCAUGGAGGUAUCCUGUGCCUGGAUAACUAUGACAUCACGUCAGACGGCGUACAGGACCUGCUGGUAGGACGGGACGACGGGCUUGUGGAGGUGUUUGGGUACAACGAGACGGACGAACCUGUGCUACGCUUCAGUCAUCAACUGAAUGAGAGUGUGACGUCUAUCCAGGGUGGGGUGGUCGCUACAGCUGGGUAUGAUGAGAUAGUGGCUGCCACAUAUGCAGGCUGGAUCCAGGGUUUGACCACAGAACCUCAGGAGAAGGAGGCUGGGCCGGGAGACGAGGUGCAGGUCAACGUGGAGACUCAGGCCAGGAUCAAGACUCUCAAACAAGAACUGGAAGAGAUCCAGCAGAAAGUUGCGCGGGAACGUGAGAAGUACCAGGCCACGGCCCACAGCAGCAAGGCCAUCUCAGCCGUCCCCUUCUUCAACAUUAACGACAAGUUCACCCUGAGUAAGGACGACGCUAGUUACACCCUGUCCCUGGAGGUCCAGUCAGCCAUUGAUAAUGUGCUACUUCAGAGUGAUGUGCCGAUAGACCUGCUGGAUGUGGAGAAGAACUCGGCUGUGGUCAGCUUCAGUGCUACAGAUCCUGAGAGUGGGAACUUCCUCCUGGCCACCUACAGAUGUCAGGCCAACACCACCAGGCUGGAGGUCAAGAUCCGAUCCAUUGAGGGUCAGUACGGAACUAUCCAGGCGUAUGUGACCCCCCGUAUCCAGCCCAAGACGUGCCAGGUCAGGCAGUACUCCAUCAAACCCCUGUCUCUGCACCAGAGGACUCACAGCUUCGAUGAAAGCAGACCCAUGAAUGUUCUGAAGAUAUCAGGAAACUUCAGCAUGGCGGAGAUACACUCCUGGGUCUGCUACUGUCUGCCUGAGCUGCCAGAGAGAACGCCGGUGGGAGACUCGGCGACCUUCUACCUACUCAACACAUUCCUGGACACCCAGUUGGAGUGCACGUACAGAAAGGGAGAAGGUAUCUUCCGAUCAGACAACAUUUCCACCAUCUCCAUCCUGAAGGAUGUCAUCACCAAGCAGGCCACACAUCGCAAAGUCAACAUCCAGAUCACAUAUGACCUGUCGGAUGAGUCCAUCCCCCACACACUACAACUGAUCCACCCCCGACUGGAGUACCAGCUCCUGCUGGCCAAGAAAGUCCAGCUCAUUGAGGCGCUCAAGGAGCUUCAAAUCCACGAGACAGACCUGAGUUUCCUGUCUACUGAAUACGUCAACAUCCUAGAGAACGCUGAUGAACUCCAGGCAGAGUACAAACGGCAGCCGUGUGCACUGGAGAGGCUCUAUGGGAUGAUCACAGACCUGUUUAUUGACAAGCACAAGUUUAAGGGUGUCAAUGUGCGUACGAAGGUGCCACAACUCAUGGAACUGUUGGACAACUAUGACCUGCAAACGGUCAUCGACUUUUUCCAGCUCAACUGAGAGACUUCUCAUCUAUUCCUCUUCCUGUUAUGACCUGUGAUUUUAAGAAAAGUCUUUAGAAUGAGAUGUAUUGUAUAGUGUUAAGUUUCUGUAUGUUUCAUGGCUUUGGAAUUUGUGUCACAUGUGUUUCCAUGCGGUAUUUACUCAGUCUGUGAGUCUUGUGAUAUUCGUGGUGGUAGUUUGUUCACGAUUUUUGUUUAUAUCUCUUUGCCACAAAAUCAUAGGUCCCUACAGAUUAUUUGUCAGUGAUGUGCAUUGUGUCCACUGUUGACUUAAACACUGUAAACCCCUCCUAUUUCCCUUGAGCUUAAUGACUUUAGAGGUCUUGUAAGUACUGUAAAAAUGUGCACUAUAACGUUUAAUAGUGCAGAAUGAGUCUUAAGACGACAGUGAUUAUCAAGUGUUAUUAGAUAAAGGCUUGAAAUUAGAAAUGAAGUUUUUGUUA